CCUUGUCAGAUGCUCCGCUCUGGCGCGCGAGAGGUGACAGGAAACAGUCUCGAGACUGUCAGUUUGAGUUUUUCGGCUAGAGCUUAGUAGCCUCCAAAAACAAAACACUGCUGAGAAAAUAGGGAAUAGUGGAUCUUUUCGAGGAUGGAGAAAAGUACUUUUGCACAACAUUCCGUGUCGAAGUUGGCAGAAAAAUUCAAGGUCCAAAAUCUACAAACAUCUGAUAGAACCGAAGUGAGCAAGAAUAUUCGUAGAAAGCCACCAUGCUCUUUGAAGCUGCAAAUGAAAAAUGAUGAGGAGCAGGACAAACAGGAGAAGCAGGCUGCGGCUUCAUCACAGCCUCCUAAGGUGAAGUCUACGAGCUCCCCACUUAUUGAGAAGCUGCAGGCCAAUCUGGUUCUGUCCCCCACGGCUCUGCUGCCCUCACCAAUGAGCCCUGGGGUUAAGCAUCCUGCUCCCUUUUUUACCCCACCAUGCGGUCCCCUUAGUCCCCCACCACAACCCCACCAGCGCCGCCCUAGUGAGGAGGAGGUACCUGCCAGCUUUGAGAAGCCUGCCGAGGGCAACAUCCUGCCCAGCAUCAAUAAGAGCAGAGCUCGGCACUCCAUUAAGCGACGGCCACCUACGCGGCUGCCCAGAAUGUCAUCGGGGGAGGAGCCAUCGGGGACAGAGGAAGCGGGCCCAACAUCGACUGCUACGAGCGGCUCCCUGCACGAUGGAGAUGAGGAAGAUGUAUUUCAGGAGAGUGACUCGGCCACCAAGAAAGAACAACAAGAAAACACCCCCUCCGCUCUCCCCGAUGGAAGGUCAGAACUGGAAAAGGAGGAGAGUCUAAUAAAAGACAACAAAGUGGAGACAGACAGCACGUGUGGCUGUAAGGCAGCUGAAGAUGUUACAGAGCCAAUAAAACCUGAUGGAGAGACCCCACCUGACAGCACUUCCAGUGGAGAGACCCCACCGGAGCCGCAGGUGUCUGACAGCGCUUCCAGUGGAGAGACCCCACCUGACAGCACUUCCAGUGGAGAGACCCCACCUGAGCCGCAGAUGUCUGACAGCGCUCCAGAGGCUCCAAAAAUACAGGAAGAAUGCAAAGAAGUACAACCAGAAACAGCUGGAGAAACAGAUGACAGUACAGGGGUAAAGAAGGGAGCACCGCUCCAGGAAAAGGAGGAUGCAGACGAGGGCAUCGGGAUGUAGAAGGAAGAAGAACCUAGAAGAGGUGGACACUGAAGGAAGCAGAUGAAAUGCCUGCACAUAUAUCCAAAGGGCUGUUUUACACAGCGCAAUAUAGGCAAGGAAACAGAAAGAAUGGUUUGGCACUGUGGCUAAAGUGUCAUUUGCUUGUUCUCCAUUUCACAUUUAAAUGAACUCAGAUUAACUGAAUGUUUUACAUUUAGGACUUUUGAGUGGAUUCCAUGUCUGAAAAUGUAUCAGUACUAAUAAGUAUCGUACCUGGAUGGCCAAGGGUCACUCAUUUUCCAAAAUAUUUCCUGCAUGAUAAGAUGGCAUGGUUGGGCAUUGGGGAGCACUGAGGGCUCACAGCACAGGCUUAGAGGUUUGAAUCCCACCCACAGUUCUCAGGGUAUGGCCUUCGCCUGCUUCUCCCGUCAGUGCAGAAACAUGCAGUUAGGUCACCAUAAUGUGAAUGUGUUCCCUGUGAUUCCAGGGAUUUGAGUGAUGAAGUUAUUAGUGACUUCCUGAGAAAGUUCACACAUGGAAAGGCUGAUUCCUACCACCCCUUCACUUUAAUUUAGUGCAUCACUAAAGGAAUAGUACUUGCACUUCCACACCAAUAUCAACAUUGUUCGACCUCAGAUUACACUUAAUCACAGCUGAUCACCAGAAUUUCAGGUUAUUAUUACUGUAUGGCUACAUAUAUACAUAUGAAGUAAUGCAGAGAAAUAAAGAUUUAUUUUGAUGUUAAAUAUAUUGCCUAUUUUGAAAAUAAUGUUUUUAUUUUAUUUUUUGUCAUAAUUUUUAUUCUCAUUUAGAACUGGUUUUUACGGGUAUGAUAUUUUGAAUAUCUUCUGCCAUAUAAGGAAAUUGUUCUUUGUUCAUGUUCUUCAGCUGGCUUGCAUAAAACAGCACACGUGAUAUUUUUUUGUAAGUAAAUGUAAGUGCCCCGGAUCAGAACGGGGUUACUUCGCUGUAAUGUAAAUUAUUUUUGACAUCGUUAUGUUGUUGCUGGAGAAUUAGCUGCAUUAUAAAUUCAUUUCUUGUGUCUACAUUCCAGAACCCCAAAUCUUUGUUUGUAAUGUCUUUGGGAGCUUGACAAAGUCAGAAUGGGCAUUUUUUGCUGUAAUGUUUUGUUUUAAUCAUGAUUUGCUUUUUUGGAAAAUCAUGCAUGUAUCCUAAUGUCUCCUAUACUCUUCAUUAGUAAAUCCUUCAUUAAUUAUUAGAUCUGAUGGAAUGUGUAUGACCACAAUUUCUAUCACAAUACACCGUGUGAAUCUAUAGGCAACAUGCUGCGUAACAGACAGAAUAAAGUGUUAAACCAGA